GAAGCAGCUAAAGUCCACAAAAGUCUCCUCUCCCUCUUUCACUUUGCGGGGUUUUCUUGGAACCUCUCAUUCCGGCCCAAGAACUUGAACUUUCCACGAUUUAAAAGGUUCGUAUGUUCUCCGUUUCGGGUAUUCCCGGAAAAUUACUCGGACCCGUUUGACACGAUACCCCUUCGUUGUGUGUCGCAGUCUUUCUGGAAUCCGGGUAAGCUUUCUUGAGCUCGGGGAAGGAGAAAGUUCUUGUCUUGAGGAAGAGGAAUUUCCAAUCAUGUUUCAGAAAAUUUUCACGAAGAAGAAGGAUGAUGUUGUCAGUGCCAGAACGACGAUAGAUAAGUUGAGCGAGACGCUGGAGAUGCUAGAGAAGAAGGAGAACUUCCUUGUGAAAAAGGCGGCUGCAGAGGUCGAAAAGGCCAAGACAUAUACCAAGGCAAAGAAAAAGAAUGCUGCUAUUCAAUGUUUGAAGAAGAAGAAGAUGUACGAAACACAAAUUGAACAACUUGGAAGUUAUCAAUUGCGCAUACAUGAUCAGAUGAUAAUGUUAGAAGGAGCCAAAGCUACAACAGAGACUGUUGAUGCAUUGCGAAGCGGAGCUGCUACCAUGAAGGCUAUGCACAAGGCAACGAACAUCGACGACUUGGAUAGAACAAUGGACGAGGUCAACGAGCAGACUGAAAACAUGAAACAGAUUCAGGAGGCCUUGUCGACACCGAUUGGUGCAGCAGCUGAUUUUGAUGAAGAUGAACUGGAAGCGGAGCUUGAAGAAUUGGAAGGGGCUGAGCUAGAGGACCAGCUUCUCGAGCCAGCCACGAGUGCUCCUCCUGCUCCAGUGCGCGCUCCUGCAGUCAAGCAGCCGUCACGUCCUCAUCCAGUGAAGAACACGCCUGAGGAUGAUGAGCUCGCUGCCUUGCAGGCAGAAAUGGCAUUGUAGAGAGCUACCCAUGUUGAGAAUAGACUCUGUAAAUUAUCGAAACGGCAGGAGAAAUAUCAGUACUACUUUCUCCGGUAGCAUCGACCAUCUAUCGCUAGGACUUUUUUCUACUUGAAAUGAAGUUGACUGGUUAUAUAACACACUCUGCAUAGAUGGAUUAGCCACAUAGUACUACAUCUGCUUCUAAUAA